AUGUCAGAGCGUACCGUGCGGGAGUGUGUGUACAAGUUCUGCAAAGCGAUCUGUUUGGUUUAUGGGCAACGAUAUUUGCGCAAACCAACUAUCAACGAUGUCCACCAAUUGUACACGGUGCAUGAAGGCAAGCAUGGAUUCCCUGGAAUGCUAGGUAGUAUCGAUUGCAUGCAUUGGAAUUGGGCAUUAUGCCCCAACGCAUGGCGUUGUCAGUACAUGAGAGGCGACCACAAACAACCGACGAUCGUUCUAGAGGCUAUCGCAUCACAUGAUCUUUGGAUAUGGCACACAUUCUUUGGUCCAACUGGUGCAAACAAUGACAUCAAUGUGCUAGACCAAUCGCCGGUAUUCAACGAUAUCUACCUUGGAAAGUCACACGAUGUACCUUUUCAAGCAAAUGGGGUGGCAUAUAAGCGUGGAUACUAUCUUACUGACGGUAUAUAUCCUCCCUUGUCUAUUUUUGUGAAAUCGUUUACAUGUCCUAACGACCCGAAAAGGAAAAAGUUUAAAGAGGCGCAAGAGUCGGCUAGGAAGGAUGUGGAGCGAGCAUUUGGUGUACUUAAGAGACGUUGGCAAGUACUAGCAGUCGGGGCAAGGUCAUAUGAGGUGAAAAUGUUACAACACGUAAUGUAUGCAUGUAUCAUAUUGCAUAAUAUGAUUCUUGAAGACGAAGGAAGAGCGAUAUGUCAAUACAAUGAAAAUGAAGUUUUGCCAAAUGUGGAAGGAGUAGCCGUUGGUACACAAGAGUACAGGGUGAAUAGAAGAGAAGUACACAAUCGCAACAUUCAUCAAGCCCUUGAUUAUAGGUUAUAG